AUGGCUCCAACUAGAAAAUUUGAAUCGGGGUCUUCUAAACGUAAAAGAAAACAGAAAGAAGCACAAUUUAUUGAUAGUCAAAGAGGAUCUAUGGAUUCAUUUAUUAUAAAAAAAGUGUCGGAAUAUCAUCGCAAUGAAGAAUCGGUUGGGGAAGAACAUAAAGAAAAAGAAGAAGCCGAAUUGCAUGUGCCAGAAAAUAUGGAUGAGAUACAUGAAACUGUAGAAGAACCUAGAGAAGAACUUCACAAUGUUGUGGAAGAACCUAGAGAAGAAGAAGUUGAACUGCAAGUGCCAGAAAAUAUGCCUUGUGUAGAUGAAGACAUAGACAACUUGAACGACAAUGAAAGAGAUGAACGAGUGACUGAAGCAGCAAAGAAGACGAUCGAUUUCUAUCGUCAUCAAAGAACUCACCUGAAAAAAAAAAGUUGUUUGAUUUCAGUUUCUCGUAAGCGUUGGUGA